ACUCCUCUGACAUACUGCCAUGGCUACUGAGCUCGACCAUAACAUUGCUGCUGCUCUGCUGCGUGAGCAAUGUGCCCUCACCUGCAAUCCCUCUCGAUACAUGCAACGGCUGAUGCGAGGCGCGCGGGGCAAGGGCAAGCACUACGAGAAGAUGGCACAAUUCAAGGUCGCCUGUAUGGCAGGCUGCACUCUCGCCGCACGGCCGUCGUCGUACAUGACCGAGGACUCGCUCAAGGCCGUCCUCGACAUCGCCUCGCCUGACAACGAUGCCAUCGUGUACAAUGGGGAAGAGACAGAUGCCAUUCAGGCCCAGAUGAACAAGAUCAUCCACGCCAUGCGCGAGGGCUGCUACGAAGUCUGCUCCGUCUCCUGUGACGUCUCCGAAGAGCUCCGCGGCUCCACAGAGCCGCACAAGUGCGCUCGCGCAUGCGCAUCUGGCUGCGACGCCUACUUUGAUCACGUGGCAAACUGAUGCAGAGCACACGCAUUGCUCGAGCGGUAAACUUGGCCUGCCUG